AGAGCACCCAGAUUCAUUUGAACAGCAGCAUGACUGACAAAUAUCACCAACGCCCAUAAACCGGCAGUAGGAAAUGAAUCGAGUAGUGAGAGUCGCCUCUUUCCCUGCAGCCCGCAGCUGAGAGCACAGACUCCCCACAGCUACUGCUAGCAUCGCUGCCCUUCUACGCUGUAACUAACUCUCGCCUGGCUCGUUUUCUGGGAUUUAACCUGCCCUUUCCCGCUGAUACACCCGUUACAGCCCUCCUCUUUCCUCUCCCUCUCGUUUUAUUCUCCCCCCAGCUUCUUUAUCUCUCCCUCAGCGCCCGUCAAAAUGGCAACACGGAUCGACAAAGAGGCUUGCAGAGAAGCGUACAACCUCGUACGAGACGAUACCACAGACAUUAACUGGGCCGCUUUUAAGUACGACGGCUCCAUGAUUGUUCCAGCAGGUCACGGAGUCGACUAUGCAGACUUCAAAAGUCUAUGUACAGAUGAUGUCCGUCUGUUUGGUUUUGUGCGGAUCACGACAGGCGAUGCGAUGAGCAAGCGGGCCAAGUUUACCCUCAUCACCUGGAUUGGAGAGAAUGUGAGCGGACUGCAGAGGGCCAAGAUCAGUACAGACAAAACACUGGUGAAAGAUGUUGUUCAGAACUUUGCUAAAGAGUUCAUGGUCAGCGACAUCCGGGAGCUGGAAGAAGACUACAUUCGUAACGAGCUGAAGAAGGCUGGCGGUGCCAACUACGAUGCCCAAGCGGAAUAGAGCCUGUCAGGGCGCACACAGAGGAAUGGGGUUGGGGGGGUCAUCAAAACUGGGUGAAAGGAAGGGGAAGACUUCAUCUCACACACCUCCUCAGACACAUGUACACAAACACAUGUAUGCGCACAAACAUACACGUUGAUACAUGCAUAUAUAUGUACACUUCUCAGUCCUUUCUCCAGUGGUCAUGGUUGAUUAUCUACUGUACUGUGCAUCAUCUCACUCUCAUCUCAGCCGGGCUGUGAGUGCGGACCUCAUUUUCUUCAGGGGUGGCUUUGUUUUGUAUGCGAACUGUAAUUAGACCCAUUUGACUUUGAAGUGAAGAAGCCUCUUUUUGGAUUUUGUUUGGACAUAACUGUGUCACAUCUAUAAUCAAUUACAGUUUCUUUCAUCUCACCAUUGGUUUUUAUUCCUCUUUUUUUCAAAUCUCACUCUCCCUGGUUACUUCCUUUUUACAGAGCACUGUGUUUACGGCCUCGAUCUCUCAUGGGGACAGGGGCAUCAUUGGAUGUAUGCUUAUGUGUGUAUGUGUGUAUGUGUUUGCAGACACUGCACUGUGACUCACUUAGUCUCCAGGUUGGGGUGAGAAUUGGGACACUUUCCAGCCCUCAAAGCAAUUUGCCAGGCUGUGUUUUUGUCACUCAACCCAGCGGUGGAGUAGCCAUUUCUCUGAGUGUAGCCUUUCUUUUAGUCAUUUAAAUUGAAAACCCCAAGAAUGUUUUUUACAGCAGUUUUUCAUUUACUUUUCAAAAUUAAUCUGUAAUUUUUUUUUUGGAAACAGAUGCCAUCUAUGAACCAUAAAAGACAGAAAAAUGAACAUGGGCACAAACAAUCAUUUCAGAAUAAAGUUUGUUUUCAAGAUGUG